AAUGGCUUCCAAGGCACAGAGUGAGAAUUGGUCGGAUGAGACAAUUUGCUCCAUCUGCCUUGAAUUCUUCACCAAUCCGGUUUCACUGGAGUGCGGGCACAAUUUCUGCCGCCACUGCAUCACUCGGUGCUGCGAAACGAAUAGUGUGAAUUGCUGCCCGGAGUGCAGGCGCGAAUUUCCGGGUAUCCCUUCCGCGAUCAACUGGGCCCUGGCGAGUCUGGCCGAGAAAGCACAAAAGUUAAAGCAGAGCCAGAAGGAGCAGAAAAGUAAACUCCUCUGCGAGGAACACGAGGAAGAGCUGAAGCUGUUUUGUGACACAGACAAGAAACGGAUCUGUGUGAUUUGCCGGGACGCGCGGGAACACAAGUCUCACAACUGUAUACCGAUUAAGGAAGCUGUCGACAUCUACAAGGAUCAGAUGAAAUCCUCCUUCAUCUCUCUCUCCAAGAAGAUAUCAGAAUUCCAGGAAAUGGAACUGCAGCAGAAACAGACGAUUAGUAAGAUUAAGGUAAAGCAAACCACUUUUGGUUGA